AUGGGGAAUUUAAUCACUUGCUCGAUAUCCUGUGAUGAGUGGAUGGAUAAAAUCUCUCAAUGGCUAGACAAGAAAGUUGGUUAUAUUCACGAUCUUGAGAAGAAUCUCGCCACUCUGGAGAACAGCAUGGUUAAGCUCAAGGCUAAGCGGAAUGAUUUAUUACGAAAGGCCACAAGAGAGGAGGAUAAAGGUGGACAAAGGCUGGAAGAAUUCCAGGUAUGGCUUAAGAAAGUUGAGUCUUUGGAUCAAAAAGUUGAUGCUCUUCUUGAUGCUAGAGAUGUUCAACUUCAAAGAGUUUUCCAAAAUGUUACUGAUCAAGUAGUUAAUAAAGCUGACACAGCUGUGAUAGAGGAAAUACAAGUUCCACGGAUAAUUGUUGGUCAAGAAGCAAUGCUCGAUAAGGCAUGGAAACAUCUCAUGAAAGAUGGAGUUGGUAUUAUGGGUAUGUAUGGUAUGGGCGGAGUUGGGAAAACAACGCUUCUCAUGCAAAUCAACAAUAAGUUCAGUGAAGAAAGGUGUGGAUUUGAUUUUGUGAUUUGGGUUGUGGUGUCUAAAGAGUUACAUGUAGAGAAGAUUCAAGAUGAAAUCGCUCAGAAAGUUGGUCUUGAUGGAGAGAAGUGGGAGAAAAAAAAGAAGAGCCAAAAGACCAUUGAUUUAUACAAUUUCUUGAAGAAAAAGAGAUUUGUGUUGUUUUUAGAUGACAUAUGGGAGAAGGUGGAUUUAACAGAGAUUGGAGUCCCAUUUCCAGGACCAGAAAACCGAUGCAAAGUAGUCUUCACCACUCGUAAACAAGGUGACAGCGAUCCAGAGAUCCCCAAGCUUGCAAAAGACGUUGCUAGAAAAUGUGGUGGCCUUCCAUUGGCGCUCAAUGUCAUAGGGGAGACCAUGUCAUGCAAGAAGACGGUGGAAGAAUGGCGUCACGCUAUAAAUGUUUUGACUUCGUACGCUACAGAGUUUUCUGGCAUGGAAGAUAAGAUCCUUCCACUUUUGAAGUAUAGCUACGAUAAUCUUAAGGGCGAGGAUGUCAAAUCAUGUUUGCUGCGAAGUAUUAUAGAUGGAAGUGAAGGUAUAGAGAGGGCCAGAUACAAGGGGUAUGAGAUUAUUGGUGAUCUUGUUCGUGCAUCUUUGUUGAUGGAAGAUGCUGAACAAUAUGGAACAGAAUGUGUGCGUAUGCAUGAUGUUGUUCGUGAAAUGGCAUUGUGGAUUGCAUCUGAAUUGGGAAGAGAAAAGGAGGCUUUCAUUGUGCAUGCAGGUGUAGGGUUAAAUAAAAUUCCAAAGGUUAAGAAUUGGAACAGUGUGAGAAGAAUGUCACUGAUGAAGAACAAGAUUCGCAAUCUAGCUGGCAGUCCUGAAUGUCUCGAACUCACAGCUUUUCUCAUGCAACGGGGAGAAUUGGUAAAUAUCUCGAGUAAAUUCUUUAAGUCCAUGCCGAAGCUACAGGUGUUGGAUCUAUCAUUUAAUGAACAUCUCACCAAAGUGCCGGAUGGAGUAUCUGAUUUAGUUUCUUUGAAGUAUCUCAACUUGUCAGAUACAGGUAUCCGUCAUCUCCCUAAGGGUCUACAAGAGUUGAAAAAACUCAUUCACUUGAAUCUCGAGCAUACACUUCAGCUUUCGAGUAUUGCUGGGAUAUCAAAUCUGCAUAAUUUGAUGAUCCUGAAAUUAGCUGGAAGUGGCUUUUCAUGGGAUCGCGGCAUAGUGGAGGAAUUAGAAACCUUGGAGCAUUUAGAAAUUUUAACCCUAGAAAUCCAUUGUCCACCACAUCUGGAGCUAUUUUUUAGUUCUCUCAGGUUGACGAGUUGUACACGAUUUCUGGAGAUCUUGAAAUUGGAAUCAACUGGAAUAGCAAUUCCAGUGACCAUGAACAAGCUUCGUUAUUUCAUCAUUACGAACUGCACUAUCCCUGAGAUAAAGAUGGGAAGUAUAUGCAACAAAAGCAAUAUGGUUUCUCCUAUACACAAUCCGAGCGAGCCAUGCUUCUUGAGCCUCUCCAAAGUGUAUAUAAAUAAAUGCCGAGGCCUGAGGGAGCUGACGUUGCUGAUGUUUGCUUCAAAUCUUAAAGAACUUGAAGUUAGGUAUUCAGAUCAACUAGAAGAUAUAAUAAACAAAGAGAAAGCUUGUGAAGUUGAAGAAUCAGGGAUUGUUCCUUUUGCAAAGCUGGUUUCUCUUUAUUUGCGGAGUCUACCCAAGCUAAAGAAUAUCUAUUGGAAUCCUCUACGCUUUCCAUGUCUAAAGAUAUUCAAUGUAAUCGAAUGUCCAAAUCUGAAAAAGCUUCCAUUGGAUUCUCAAAGUGGCAUACAUGGUGAAAAUAGACUCGUCUUAGGAUACAGAGAGGAAAGUUGGAUUGAAGGUGUUGAAUGGGAGGACGAAGCUACAAAAACUCGCUUCUUAUCUUCAUGA